AUGGAGGAAUUACAAAAAUCACUUCAGGAUAUGUCGGAGAGGUUUGCUCAACAGAUGACAGCAUUCCAAAACCAGCUUUCAGGAGCAACAAGGUCAUCACCAUCAUCCGCCGAGCCGUCACUAUCUUCCUUGAAUGCAGAAUUUAUUUCAUUCCGCUCUUCAGUUAUUACCUGUCUUGAAAACUUACAAGCCCAGUUGGAAAUGCUUUUCAAAAUGCAGGAUGAACAAGAGAUGAGAGAUAGAAGAAAGAUCCUGUUGUUACAUGGUUACAGUGAGUCUGCCGACCUUACUAUCGAUUCUGUAAUUUAUAAGCUUUCUGCAUGUCUUAAGUGUCCUGAAUUGAAACCUGACAGUGUAAGUCGCUGUCAACGAAUCGGUGCCAGAAAAGAUGCUAAGCCUCGUCCGUUUCUUAUAAAGUUUAAAGAUAUUGAUCUCAAGCACAAAAUCUGGGCCGCUAAAACCAACCUCAAGGGUUCAGGGCUGACCUUGUCAGAGUUUCUCACGAAGAAGCGACAUUAUUUAUUCAUGACAGCCAGGAAAGCUUUUGGUAUGCACAAAUGUUGGACUAGAGAUGGACGUAUAUUCGCCAUGACUCCUAGUGGUUCGCGUCGUCGAAUUGAGAGCAUGAAGGACAUCGAGACUAGUGCACACACAGCUCCUGUUGAGGAUCUGUCUCCUUGCUUAGAUCCGUCACCAGAUUUUCAGAGAAAAGAGUGGAUAAACCCCCGCUCCAAGAAGUUGGGUGACGGAUAA